CGGGGAAAUCUUGUUGCUGAGCUGUUUGGUUUCGCGAGAAAAGCAGGGAUGAGAGGCAUGAACGGAGAUGGGAGAGAUACGACUACGAACAAUCCUUUAGAGACCAUAAACGCUGCUGCUAACGCGAUCGCGUCAACUGAGAACCGUGUUCCUCGGGCUACGAUUCAGAAGAGAAGAUGGGGAAGUUGCUGGAGCUUGUACUGGUGUUUUGGAGCUUACAAACAAAGAAAGCGAAUUGGGCAUGCUGUCCUUGCUCCUGAAAUGACAGCACCUGCUACUAAUGGGUCUACUGCUGAAAUUACAACCCAGACAACUACUGUGGUGCUCCCCUUUGUAGCACCUCCCUCCUCUCCUGUGUCUUUCCUGCAAUCAGAACCUCCUUCUGUUACACAGUCUCCAGCGGGUAUACUGUCCCUCAACUCUAUGUCUUCCAGCAUGUACUCUCCAGGUGGGCGGCCUUCUAUUUUUGCCAUUGGACCUUAUGCUCAUGAAACCCAGUUAGUUUCACCACCUGUUUUCUCAACAUUUACCACCGAACCUUCAACUGCUCCCUUUACUCCUCCUCCUGAAUCUGUGCACUUGACUACACCUUCCUCUCCUGAGGUGCCAUUUGCUCAGCUGCUUGACCCCCACCUCCGGAAUGGGGAGGCUGGUCAGGGAUUCCCACUAUCUCCUUAUGAAUUCCAUUCUUAUCAAUUUCAUCCUGGAAGCCCAGUUGGGCAACUUAUCUCUCCAAGCUCUGGCAUCUCAGGUUCUGGUACAUCAUCUCCUUUCCCUGAUGGUGAAUUUACAGCUGCUGGCAUACAUUUUCCUGAGUUCCGAAUAUGUGGCCCUCCCAAGCUUUUGAACCUUGAUAAGCUUUCCAGCCAUGAAUGGGGAUCACGUCAGGGUUCUGGUACUUUGACCCCAGAUGCUACAAGGUCAACUCCUUGCAAUGGUUUUCUCCUGGAUUAUCAACUCCCUAAGGUUGCAUCUCAUCCACAAUUAGACAUUGGUUGCCAAAAUGACCAAGUUGUGGUCAAUCAUAGAGUUUCUUUUGAGUUAACUGCUGAAGAUGUAAGGUUUGUGGAAAAGAAGACAGCCACAUUGUCAGAAGCUGUAUCAGAAUCUCUACAGAAUGAAACAACGGCUGAAAGGAGGGAAAAUGUUGGUGAAGUGGUGGAAAAUCAUGAAUUUCGUGUUGGUGAAGUGGUGGAAAAUCAUGAGUUUCGUGUUGGUGAAACAUCCAAUGAGACACCAGAGAAAGCCCCAGCAGAUGAAGGCACGCGACUUUGGCACCAAAAACAUCGGUCCAUCACUCUUGGGUCAAUUAAGGAAUUUAAUUUUGACAAUACAGACGGAGUAGAUUCCAACAAGCCUACUGUAAGUUCAGAUUGGUGGGCCAAUGAAGAGGUUGUUGGGAAGGAUGAUGGGGCCAAUGCCACUAAGAAUUGGUCCUUCCCUGUAAUGCAGACAGGCAUCAGCUAACUGGUAUGCACUUUGCUUGGAGCUUGCCCAUUCCAACUCCAUUGUUAAAAAAUCCAAGGCAUGGCAUUAGCUUUAGGAAAACACAACUCUGGAAAAGAGAAGGAAACAAAAUACAAUCGCUUGAUCAAAGUAUAGAUGAUUUUAGCAUUUUGAAUCAGGGUUACUACCAUUUGAUGACUUAACAUCACACGGAGGCUGUUUUUGAGUCCUUCUUGACCAAGAAACAGGGUCUGAUAGGAAUGUAUGUAUCUCUAUUUUGAAUUUGUAGUAUGUUUCUCUAGUUUAGGAAAAUCAUGUUUCUAGGAUGUAAUAUAUAAUGAUGAUAGAAUAGUGAUAUGAUGGUAGUAACAGAUAGUUUAAAGAUGGCACAGCCUUUACUUUGGAAGAUCUCAGACUCAAGAGUUUCCUCCAAGCUGAUUGUAAUAAUGUAACAAUUUUCUUCCUCAUCAUCAGAUUUUUGCCGAAUUGCCAAGAAAAGCUAACCGAGUUA